CCUCUGACCAUCAGUACUACGCACAUUUUGAGUCCCGCGACGGAGCCGAAAGCUACGUCUACUACCUGAGCGUGUGCGGACAGAUCCUCAACAAGGAAUGUGGCGACGAUCCGUUCAUAUCGUCCUGUCAGGUGAAGAAGAACCCGCCCAUGAACAAAGUGGCUGGAAGAUAUCAGAACCAGACGUUACGUUAUUCAGACGGAGAUUUGACUCUGAUCUACCCAGACGGUGACAGAUGCUCCUCCGGCCUACAGCGAAUGACCAUCAUCAACUUUGAGUGCAACAACAACGCAUCCAACGGCGGCCGAGGGAAUCCCGUGUUCGCCGGAGAGACGGAGUGCACUUACUACUUUGAUUGGGAGACGUCCUUCGCCUGUGUGAAGGAAAAAGAGGAUCUGCUGUGCCGGGUCAGAGAUGGCAACAAACACUACGACCUUUCACCUCUCACAAGAUACCCUGACACAGACGUCAGUGGAAACUGGGAGGCGGUGGACGCUAACUCUCCAAAGCCGGACUCACGUUUCUACCUGAAUAUCUGUCACAAAGUCAUCCAGACGGGAGGAGCCGCCGGCUGCCCGGUGAACGCCUCCAUCUGUGCCGUGGAUAAGGAUCACGGGCCCAUCAGCCUGGGAAGCUUCCUCUCGUCUCCCCAGAAGACAAAAACAGGGAACGACAUCAGACUGGUUUACACCGAUGGAAGUUUCUGCAUCAAUAAAAAGACACGGAUCCACACCAUCGUGACCCUCAAGUGCAAACCAGGAGAUCUCGAGAGCGCCCCCGUCCUUCGCAGCGUUUCCACCGACGGGUGUGUGUAUGAGCUGGAGUGGUACACUGCUGCCGCCUGCGUGCUCUCGAAAACUCAGGGAGACAACUGCAAAGUGGAGGAUCCUCAGGCUGGGUUCUCUUUCGACUUGUCGCCUCUCUACAAAGACGGCGGCUUCUACAACCUGACCCGUGGAAACUACGACUACUACAUCAAUGUCUGUGGACCCGUCAAAGGUGCCACCUGUCCAGAAAAGGCCGGAGCGUGCCAGGUUGAAAAGAGUUCUUGGAAUCUUGGGGAAGCAAACUCUCGUCUGUCAUAUUACGACGGCCUGAUCCAGCUGUCCUACACCAAUGGCUCCCAGUACAACAACAAGGAACACACACUCAGAUCCACUCUCAUCUCCUUCCUCUGCGAUCCAGAAGCAGGGGCUGGAAACCCCGAAUUCCAGGUUGAAGACAAGUACACAUAUAACUUCCACUGGUAUACAUCCUACGCAUGUCCUGAACGGCCCCAUGAGUGUCUGGUGACAGAUCCUGUGACUCUUGAGCAAUACGACUUAUCCAGUCUGUCUCGCUCCACCACCAGCGACAACUGGCAGCCCAUGGAUUUGUCCGACCAGAAGAAAUACUACAUCAACAUUUGUCGGCCUAUCAACGCUGUGCCCGGCUGCGACCGCCACGCGUCCGUCUGCCAGAUGAAGUUCGAGGAGGGCUCUCGGAAGGAAGUUGUGUCCAUCAGUAACAUGGGGAUUUCCAAGCGAGGGCCGAUCAUCGAGGGACGGGACCGGCUGCUGCUGGAGUUCACAGACGGCUCAGUGUGCAUGUCUGACGGCCUAAAGCUCACGUACACGACACGCAUCCACCUGGUCUGCUCCAGGGGGGCUGUGUCGACUGGCCCACGGUUCCUCAUGUACCAGAACUGUACUGCAAACUUCAUGUGGGAGACCUGGGCAGCCUGCGCCAUCAGAACCACCAAGAACGAUUCUCAGAGCUGCGCUGUCACAGACCCCAACACCGGCUUUGAGUUCAACCUUCAACUUCUGGCUUCAAAGACGGGAUACAAGACGAGCGCAAAUGGGAAGGACUUCCUGGUGAACAUCUGUGCAGAUGUGGCAGAAUGUGGACCCGGCAUGGCUGGCUGCGAGCUGGAGGAGGGGCACCCCUCCAGCCCAGUGGGGGUGGAGAAGACCCUCCAGUACUCCACCGAUGGGCUGCUCCAACUCACGUACAAGGGGAAGCUGGACGAUCCCUCAGCGUCCCGAGACACCUUCACCAUUAAUUUCGUGUGUGAUCCCAACUCCCACCCGGGCUCAUUAAAACUGCUGCGAGAGGGUUUGACCACUCUGCCCAGCCACGUGGUCCACGACGUCCUCUUCGAGUUCUCCACCGCUCUGGCCUGUGUCCCUGCUCCCGUGGACUGCCAGUUCAGUGACCCUCAUGGUAACAAGUACGACCUGAGUCACCUCAUCCGGUACGCAGAUGACAGCCCCUGGAUCGCCAUCGACACAGACUCGGUCAAAUCACGCAGCUUUUACAUCAACGUCUGCAAACCUCUCCCCCCCGUCAACAACUGUCCAAUCGGCCCUCUGGGAGCUUGUGGUUUGAUCGAUGGCAGAAGUUACAACCUGGGAUACGUCCUGUCGACGCCACAGCUGGCGGAGGACGGCUCCAUCAGCAUCAUCUAUCAGAACGGAGAUCUGUGCGGUGCCACGUCCCGAUACUCGACACGCAUCAUCCUGCAGUGUGACGACUACCCAGGCUCCCCCAUGUUUGAUCGUAAAGAUGGUUGUGAAUACGUCUUCAUCUGGAGGACAUCCGAGGCCUGCCCCAUCACGAAGUCUCAAGGGGACGACUGCCGUGUCCGUGACCCAAAGAGCGGCUACGAGUUUGACCUGAGAUCUCUGAAGGGACGAGAUUACCCAGUCAGGAACGAAAAGUACAUCUACCACCUGUCCGUCUGCGAGGGGCUCCAGAGAGGCGUCUGCACCCAGAAAGACAACGGCAUCGAGACAGUGUCCUCCUGUCAGGCGGAUGGAGAGAAACACAAGAUUGCAGGAACGGCAAACCAGAUUCUGAGCUUCGUGGGAGACCAGCUCAUCCUGAACUACACCAACGGAGAAACCUGUCAUAAAAUAUACCAGAGGUCCACAGAGAUCUACUUCUCCUGCCACCCCGACAGACACCCUGGAGUGCCACAGUUUAUCAAGGAGACUCCAGACUGUACCUACCUGUUCAGCUGGCCCACCGCUCUGGCCUGCAUCCCGUUCAGAACCACCAGCUGCUCCUACAAUGACGGUCAGGGCCACUCGUACGACCUCUCCCCUCUGGCUUUGGACUCUGGGAACUGGGAGGUUGAGUCCUCGUCUGUGGACACGAGAAAUCGAUUCUACAUCAACGUCUGCAGGACGCUGACGCAGCAGGGAGGUUCAUGGAAGUGUCCCUCCAGUGCGGCGUCCUGCAUGAAGACCGGAGAUGAUUACAUGAGUCUGGGGCAGGUGGAGUCUGGUCCCACGUGGGACGGAAAAGUCCUGAAGCUGCAGUACAGCAGUGGCGAGGUCUGCCCUGACGGACAGCGCAACAGGACGAGCAUCAUCCGCUUCAAGUGUGACAAAGACAGAGUGGACUCCCGUCCCACUAUGAUCUCUGCCCUUGAGAACUGUGUUUACACCUUCCUGUGGUUGACAGCGGCCGCCUGCCCCCUAAACAGCAGCGAACAUGACGACUGCAGGGUCACCAACCCGGCUACAGGUCACAUGUUUGACUUGAGCGCCCUGACGAAGGAAGGCGGUUACACUGUCUACGAUCACAAGCAGCACAGAAAGAUGUUCCGCAUGAAUAUCUGUGGAAACGUGGCCAACGCUGGCUGCAGCCCUGAAACCGCUGUGUGCAUUAAGGACACCAGCACAGCGGUGAGCGGCGGUCAGGUGAGCAGGAAGCUCUCGUACAAGGAUCAUGUCGUGGAGCUGACGUACGAGGGAGGGAGCCCCUGCCCAGCGAACCCCGAACUCAAACACAGCAGCAUCAUCCACUUCAUCUGCAGACCCCCUCACAUGGGCUCAGCCUCCGCAGAGCCGGUCCUCAUCGACUCAGAUGCUGAGACCUGCACACACUUCUUCUCGUUCCACACUCCGCUGAUCUGUGAACAGCCUGUGACGUGUUCGGUCCAGAACGGCUCUGCUCUCAUAGACCUGAGUCCUCUGAUUCACGUCAACGGAUACUACACAGCAUCGGAUGAGGCGGUGGAUCCAAAGGACGGAUCAUCUGACUUUUACAUCAAUGUCUGCGUGCCUCUGAACCCAAUCCCCGGCGUCACCUGUCCUCCUGGAUCGGCCGUCUGCAUGGAUCCUGAUAACGGACCGCCGAUGGAUAUCGGCCGAACCACCAAAGGUCCGGAGAUCGACAGUGCGACAGGGGAAGUGUCCAUCACCUAUAAAAGCUCCACAAAGUGCGCAGAGGACCCGGCGCAGAACUACUCUUCCACCAUUAUCUUCACCUGCCAGAGAGGCCUGGAGCUGGGCUCUCCACGAAUGCUGAAGCUGGAGUGCGUGUAUUUGUUUGAGUGGGCGACGCCUGUGGUCUGUUCAGACGCCACCCACACCAGCGGCUGCAACCUCACCGACUCCCAGCUCGAGUUCACCUUUGACCUUUCAGCCCUUUCUGCUGAAGUCCAGGUACCAGGACCCUCCAGCACCUACCACAUCAGCGUCUGCGGCUCAGUGGCGGAGCCGGCCUGUAAGAAAAGUGCAGUUUGCCGCGUGUCUGGUUCGGACAAGAUGGCUUCGUCGUUCGGCAUCAGCAAGGCCAUGACGAUGGACUACAAACACGAAGAGCAGGCCGUGCUGAUGCAGUACGGAGGGGGAGAUCCCUGCCCGCCACUGACCAAUGAGGGUGAGGUGUGUGUGCUCCCCUUCAUUCUCAUGAAGAAGUCGUACACGGCGUGCACCAGCGACGCGAGGACCGACGGCAGGAAGUGGUGCGCCACCACCGCCAACUAUGACACGGACCAGAAGUGGGGCUUCUGCAAUGCAGCCUCUGGGCCACGUCGGUCGUCCAUCUUGUUUACCUGUGACCAGUCUGCAGGCCACGGAACUCCGCAGCUGCUCUCGGAGACGGCAGGAUGUUCCGCCACUUUCCAGUGGAAGACAAACGCGGUUUGUCCCCCGAGGAAGAUGGAGUGCAAGCUGGUCAGCCAGCAUCAGACCUUCGAGCUUCGAGCCCUGUCGUCCCUCACCGAGCCGUGGAAGUUCAGCCACAAGGGAGAUUCGUAUUACAUCAACCUGUGUCAGGGGAUCCACGGUGGAUUGCCAGCUUGUCCGGACGGAGCGUCCGUGUGUCGACACUCGGCAGCGGGACAGACUCACACCCUGGGCCGAGUUUACACCCAGAAGAUGAGCUUCUCCGAUGGAAAGAUCUCCGUCAGUUACUCAGCAGGAGACGAAGUCUGUGGUAAAGGCGUGCGGGCGAAGACUGUGAUCCAGCUGAGCUGUGGCUCCACUGUCGGACACCCAGCGCUCAUCAGGUAA